AUGUAUCUAUCUAUCUAUCUACUGUAUGUUUCUUUAUUUCUUUCUUUAUUUCUUUCUAUCUAUCUAUCUAUCUAUCUAUCUAUCUAUCUACUAUUUUCUAUCGAUAUAUCUAUCGCACUCUUUUUUUAUCUAUCUAUCUAUCUAUCUAUCUAUCUAUCUAUCUAUCUAUCUAUCUAUCUACUGUAUGUUCCUUUCUUUCAAUCUACCUAUCUAUCUGCUAUCUUCUAUCGAUCUAUCUAUCGCAAGUCAUGUUUAACUAUCGUAGUCUUUAUCUAUCUAUCUAUCUAUCUAUCUAUCUAUCUAUCUAUCUAUCUAUCUAUCUAUCUAUCUAUCUAUCUAUCUAUCUAUCUAUCUAUCUAUCUCAGUAUAUUCCUAUCUAUCUACUAUGUAUCUAUCUAUCUCAGCAUUACAUUAUCUAUCCCAGCCUGUUCCUAUCUAUCUAUCUAUCUAUCUAUCUAUCUAUCUAUCUAUCUAUCUAUCUAUCUAUCUAUCUAUCUCAAUAUGUUCCUUUCUUUCUUAAUCUGUUCCUAUAUAUCUGUCUAUCUAUGUGGCUAUCGGUAUAUUCCUAUCUAUCUAUCUAUCUAUCUAUCUAUCUAUCUCUAUCUAUCUAUCUAUCUGCCUGCUUAA